AUGUUUAGAUCGAUAGGGAUAAGGCCCUUUACAAGGCUAAGCAGUAGUCGCUGUGCAUCACGAACAAGCUUGUUCAACCCUUGCGUGGCCAGGAGCUUCUCAUCCACCAUUCGUCGAUACCAGAAUGAGACUGAUAUUGAGACCGAGGUCGAGAGCGAGAGAAAAUGGUCUACACCUUUAGCCAAGCAACUCUCUGCUGCUAUUUCAACAACUGGACCUGUUCCGUUGGCGAGCUACAUGCGCAUGUGCUUAACUGGUGAUAUUGGAGGAUACUACACAGGAGCCAUUGGCGAAGGUCGAGAUCAAUUUGGUACAAAGGGAGACUUUGUCACGUCACCAGAAAUCUCUCAAAUCUUUGGCGAGCUCAUGGGCAUCUGGUUUAUCGCUGAAUGGAUCAGCCAGGGUCGCCCGAAGCAGGGUGUUCAGCUCAUCGAGGUUGGACCUGGUCGUGGCACUCUGAUGGAUGAUAUGCUUCGAACUAUCCAAAGGUUCCCUGCUAUGGCCAAUAGUAUCGACUCUGUCUACAUGGUUGAGGCUAGUCGAGAGCUCCGGGAUGCUCAGAAACAACUCCUUUGCGGAUCUGAUGCAUCAUCCACAGAGUCAGAGUCGGGUUUUAGCUGUCCCAGCAAGUAUAACGGCAAACACAUUGUCUGGACUGACUCAAUCAAAUCCAUCCCAAUCGGAUCUGACAAGAUGCCCUUUAUAACCGCUCAUGAGUUCUUUGAUGCUCUCCCUAUCCAUAGCUUCCAGUCCGCGCCCGCUCCUCCCCAACCAAAGGCUCACUCGCCUACUUCUCCUCCUCAACCACCACCUGAAAACAACAAGCCCACUAUGGAAUGGCGAGAGAUGAUGGUCUCGCCAACACCACCAGGUGUUACUCACGCUCAACUCGGCACACCGAAAUCACAGCAGCAUGAGCCACCUCCUGAGUUCCAACUCAUCCUCUCUUCUACCCCCACUCGUCACUCUCGCUUCCUCCCUGAGACAUCAACCCGGUACCGCAAGCUCAAGAGCAUGCCCGACUCAGUUAUCGAAGUCUGCCCAGAUGCGUCCAUCUUCGCCACAGACUUUGCAACCCGCAUCGGUGGCUCGGAAGAGCAUCCCAAGGCCAAGCCUAGCGGUGCUGCCCUGAUCCUCGAUUACGGAACUUCAGAUACUGUCCCCAUCAACUCUCUCCGUGGUAUCCGCCACCACAAGCGCGUAAGUCCCUUUUCUGCGCCUGGCCUAGUUGACCUGAGUGCCGACGUCGACUUCACCGCUGUCGCCGACGUGGCCAUGUCAGCUAGUGAAGGCGUUGAGGUCCACGGCCCUGUAAACCAGGGGGACUUUUUAGAGGUUAUGGGUAUUCGCGAGCGCGCUGAGCAGUUGACCAAGACUCCUGGCGUAGCCAAGGAAACUGUCGACAAGAUCGACGGAGCUUGGAAACGUCUAGUUGACAAGGGUCCUGAUGGCAUGGGAAAGUUAUAUAAGGUGUUAGCCAUUCUGCCGGAGAACGAUGGUCGAAGACGUCCAGUUGGGUUCGGAGGUGAUGUCUCAGGUUAG